GGGGGGGGGGGGGGGGCAAGACUGGAGGUGAAUGUGUGUGUUGCUGGGGGGGAGGUGGUCUCUAUCCCUGCCUUCUUCACACAUCUGUAUUUAGACCAUCCAAGCUGGCAGCCACUUUAUUUAUAUUUAAAAAAAAAAAAAAGUUGUAUGUAAAGGCAGACUCAUAAGAUGGAUCUUGUAGCGUGUGUUUGAAAAGGAAAGCAAAAAAAAGUAGAUGGGGUAUACACUUAAAUAAAACACUGGUAUGUUUCAGCAUGUAUCCUCUUCCCUUCCUUCCAUUCUCUUUUCAUCCUUCAUUUCAUUCAAUCGCAGUUUUCCUGUUCUUUUCUCCCCAUCUUGCCUUUUGCGACUUCUUUCCCCUCUUCUUUCCUUCUUUUCAUACCAUCAUUGCCUCCUUCCUUCCGAUUCAUCGGCUUUCCUUCCUCUCUUCAUUUAGUCCUUUCUUCCUACCUUUCUCCCUCCCUUCAGUCUUUCCGUCACCCUUCCUCCAUUUCAUUUUUCCAUCCUUCCUUUCCCCCUCCCUUUCUUUCUUCCUUUUUUCAUAUCCGUUUCCUUUUUUCUACCUUCCAACCCUUCCUUCAUUCUUUCCUUUUCCUCUCUCUUCUUUCCUUUCAUCCAGUUACUUCCCUUCUAGCCAGCAUUCCUAUUUACAUUUCCUUCAUUCCGCCUUUCAUUUCUGUCAGACAUCCUUCUUUCUUUCCUUCCUCCCUUACUCUGUUCCUUCUUUCCUCUGAUCCAUCCAUCUUCCCAAACUCCCCUUUCUCAGUCUUUCCUUCCUUCUUUUCAUAUCGUCUAUAUUCUUCAUUCCUUCCAUCCUUCCUGGCUUUCCCAUUUCUCCUGUUCGUCCUUAAGUUAAUGUAAAAUAUGUAUACCUACCUUUGCCCCCCCCCCACCCACCUGUGUAUUAUACGGUAUAGGUGAAAUUACCAUUUUGGUAUUGGUUGUGCCAAUGUGAAAGCGACAUUCCUAACCAGAAAUGAUGUGUAAAGUCACUUGUUCGUAUAGUGGUUGUAAGGUUUAGAAUGUGUCAGAAGUCCAGGUUUUUGCUAGUGUUGCCGGUUAGCUCGUUUCUGUUGUGAUUGCGGUCUAGCCCCGCCCUCUCGAGGCGUGCGGGGACAACGAAUCCAACACACGUUUCGAGGCGAAAGGCGGGCGGGGGGCACGAAAAGGAGGAAGGAGAAGCUCACAACUUGCCCUCCCGCCGCCGGUGGGCCGCCGUGUUUUGUGCCUGCUCGUCCUCCGUUAACAAGAUGCAGGUGGAGGACAUGGAGGUCCCUUUGCUCAACAACCUCAACGACAACGGCGACAGGCUGAGGUCGAAAGGGAAAGAUGUGUUCAAGGAACAGCAGAAGGAGUCCGAGAGCUCCUUGGAGUCUCCCAACCUGGAGUUUGAAUACGGCGACACGGACACGCUCACGGCCGAACUCUCAGAGCUUUACAGCUACACAGAGGAACCGGAGUUUGCUCGGAACAGAGAUUACUUUGAGGAGGACUUCAGAAGCCAUGCCCGAGGCAGACGGUGGAUCGAUCUGAGCGCGGGCGAGCGGCGUACGUACGUGAUGAGAUUACUCGACGCGUUAGAGGUGACUGACCGGGACAAGCGGCUUAAAGUGGCCCGGGCCAUCCUCUAUCUUGCUCAGGGGGUGUUCGACGAGUGCGACACCGAGGCGGACUUGCUCCGCUGGUCCAGGCACAACGUCUUCCUCCUGUAUGACAUGGGCAUCUUCACAGCCCUACUGGAGCUUCUCAGCAUGGAGAUAGAUAACAACCAAGCAUGCAGCAGUGCGGUGAGAAAGCCCGCCAUCUCCCUUGCAGACAGCACAGAACUUAGAGUGUUGCUCAGCAUCAUGUACCUGAUGGUGGAGACCAUUCGAGUUCAAACGGAGGACGACGCACCGCAGUGGAGAGCGGCCAGGGAGGCCUUCAAGAACGAGCUAGGCGCACCCAUGUACAACGGCGAGCCGUUUUCCCUGCUCCUCUUCUCCAUGGUGACCAAGUUUUGCAGCAUGAGCGCACCGCAUUUCCCCAUGAAGAAAGUGCUUCUUCUCUUAUGGAAGACUCUCCUGUUCACCUUGGGGGGCUUCGAGGAGCUGCAGGAGAUGAAGGUGCAGGGCCGCGAACACCUCAAGCUGCCCCCCCUCCCCGAGGACAGCAUCAAGGUGGUGAGGGCCAUGAGAGCCGCCUCGCCGCCCGCCUCCGCCAUGGAGCUCAUCGAGCAGCAGCAGCAGCAGAAAAGAGGGCGGCGCAGUCGCAGGCCGCUGGUCAAGCAGGACAGCCUGGACACGUACAACGAGCGGGACACGUACAACGAGCGGGACCCGUUCAAGAACGACGACGUCCGCGACGAGGAGGAGGACCCCGACGACGGUGACAGCGGCAUGGAGGGCGAGGUGGACCUUUUGGACCGCGACGUCAUCAUCCAGCCGCCGCCCCCGCCCCCGCCUCUGCGGCCCCCCACCGAGAGAGUGAACUUCCCCAAGGGCCUCCCCUGGGCCCCGAAAGUCAGGGAGAAGGACAUCGAGCACUUCCUGGAGACCAGUCGGAACAAGUUCAUCGGCUUUACCCUCGGAAAUGACACCGAGACCCUUGUGGGCCUUCCUCGACCCAUCCACGAGAGUGUGAAGACUCUUAAACAACACAAAUACGUGUCCAUCGCCGAAGUGCAGAUGAAACGCGAGGAGGAGCUCCAACAGUGUCCACUGAGCUUGGGCGAGGAGGAGGUGGAAGAGACGCCUGCGGAGGUGCUCUACCUGGGCAUGCUUCCAAACCUCUCGCAAUACGUGAUCGCCCUGCUUAAGCUGCUAUUGGCCGCGGCACCGACCUCCAAAGCCAAAACGGACUCCAUUAACAUCCUCGCCGAUGUGCUGCCCGAGGAGAUGCCAAUCACGGUCCUCCAGAGCAUGAAGCUGGGCAUCGAUGUCAACCGGCACAAAGAAAUCAUCGUCAAGGCCAUCUCGGCCCUGCUGCUGCUCCUCCUCAAACACUUCAAACUCAACCACGUCUACCAGUUUGAGAUCGUCUCCCAGCAUCUGGUGUUUGCCAACUGUAUCCCACUCAUCCUCAAGUUCUUCAACCAGAACAUCAUGUCUUAUAUCAGUGCCAAAAACAGCAUUUGUGUGUUGGACUUUCCCCACUGCGCCGUCCAUGAGAUGCCCGAGCUCACCGCCGAGAGCCUGGAGGCUGGAGACAACAACCACUUCUGUUGGAGGAAUCUCUUCUCUUGCAUCAACCUGCUCCGAAUCCUCAACAAGCUGACCAAGUGGAAACACUCCCGGACCAUGAUGUUGGUGGUCUUCAAGUCGGCCCCCAUCCUGAAGCGAGCGCUGAAGGUCAAGCAGGCCAUGAUGCAACUGUACGUGCUCAAGCUGCUUAAAAUCCAGACCAAGUAUCUGGGCCGCCAGUGGAGGAAGAGCAACAUGAAGACCAUGUCGGCCAUCUACCAGAAGGUCCGCCACCGUCUCAAUGACGACUGGGCGUACGGGAAUGAUAUCGACGCACGACCUUGGGACUUCCAAGCGGAGGAGUGCGCCCUGCGCGAGAGCAUCGAGAAGUUUAACGGCCGGCGCUACGACAAAAACCGGAACGGCGACUUCGCCCCCGUGGACAACUGCCUGCAGAGCGUACUGGGUCAGCGCGUGGACCUGCCCGACGACUUCCACUACAGCUACGAGAUGUGGCUGGAGAGGGAGGUGUUCUCGCAGCCCAUCGAGUGGGAGGGCCUGCUCCAGGAGCCGUGACGCCGAGGAGCGCAGUGAAAGACGUGCCUAUGACUACUUUGAACACACACGGACGGGCGAGGCGGCCGAGAACUGAGGUAGCGUUUCCUAAGAACGGUGCCGCCGGACCUCCGGGGAUCCGCAAGCUGUAGCUUUGGGGUCCACAAAAUAAUUACCCUUAAAUUUGAUGUUGUUCAUUUUUAAAAAGAGCAUACCUGCAUGUGGGGACCAGCCUGCCAAUAAAACAAACAAGCCCCGAUAUGAUUGUGAUGUAUUAUCACAUCAAUCGGGCACCCAUGAAUGAAUAAAGUUAUUUUUAUUUAUUUUGUUGGGAACAAAGGGUGUAUAAUUACAGGAAUAAAGUCCUAUUUUUUCCCCAAGAAUAUAGGUCUUUUUUUCCGUGAAUAAAAGCAUCGUUUCUGGAAUAAAAUGUGCAAUAUUACGAGAAUGAAGUCAUAUUUUCAAAUUCACUUGUUGAAAUCUAAAGUUAUUCCAUCGCUAAAUUUUGACUUUAAUAUCUUAAUACAGAUAACGACUACCUUACAAAUAUGACUUUAUUCUCUAAUACGGUGAUUCCCAACCAGUGUGCCGUGGGAAAUGAUCAAAUUUCUAUUUAUGCCAGUGAGACAUAGUGACUGACAGAACAAAUAAAUGCUCUUCUAUUAGACGACAGGACGUACAUGCAGUAAUUAUUUAUCCACUUUUUGUGACAUUUUUGUUUGUUGGUGUGCUGUGAGAUUUUUCAAUUGUAAAAUAUGUGCUUUGGCUCCAUAAAGGCUGGAAAUCACUGCUCUAAUGUUACGACGUCUUUGUUCUUGUGAAGAUUAUGACUUUUUUUCUCUCUGGAAAAAAAACUGCAACUGUAUUCUUUUGUUUCGCUUUCAAAAUAUUGAAAUGGCAAUUAUCUGGCGCAGCAACGAUUACCAUGAGUGGCCCAUCAGUCGGCCGCUGGUUUUGCCGAGAUUUCCAAAUUUGAAUCGCGGUUGCACGAUGUAGCAACUAGCCAAUAGAUUUUUUUUGAAAGGUUUUAACCGAGUGAGAUCCAGCUGGUGGCUACCAGCCAAGCCAUACAAAUACAGUAUGAAAAGUAUAAUACAUAUGUUGUGUUUUACAAGAAUACUUAACUAUAUUUAUAAUUGAUAGCGUACCUAUGGAUGAAAUAGCGAAGCUUGUGGCCAAAAUGGACGUGAGCGAUGCGUACAGCGCCAGGUCCAUUCAAGUGAAUGUCUCCAACUGUCUUUUUUUUUUUUGCCGGUGGUCGGGCCCAAGUCGGGCUCGGCCACAUCCUCUAAAAAAAAAUAAUAAUAAUAAUUUUAAUUCUCCCUGGACCCCAAAUUUUGGAUUAUCCCCGCCUAAGAAACAUUUGGUAGCAACAACUUUUAUGACUCCCAUUCUUCUUCUGCACUCCUCCAAUCUCUUGUUACCAGUGAGUUUCUUUUUAUGUCCCCAUUUUUAUAUUAUGGGUGCUGGUUUGACUCGUUACUUGUUUGUAUUAGUGUGUGGUGAACUUUCUAAUCUAAAGCUGUACAUUUCUCACAUUUUAUCUUCACAAAGCUUGUUGGUUUGUCAAUGUGAAAUUGGAAGGUUUUUUUGUGUGUGUGUUUUUUAGGUGGGGGUGCAGGACAUUUAAAUAGUUAAAACCAUAUGCAGUGUGUCCUAGAACGUGACAUAAUUUCAGUCUAUUAUUUGCAGUAAAUAAAUGCAAAUAUUUGGGCUAAUUUUGUGAAAUUAUCUCAAGAAAUGUAGAUUAAAUGAAAUCAACUUUUUUUAGGGCACCCUGUGUAAAUUAGGAACGUUGCCAAAACAACACAGCAGCUGUAGGUGGGGAAACUUAGGGUAAUUGUUAUUCAUUUUCUACAUGUUUUUGGACAAACAAAAUGUGAUAUAUUUUAAAUCUCAGACUUGAGUGAUGUCACAAUUUGGGAUGCUGAUGAAGUGGGUUCCUCUCAAUCUGCCCGACAACUGCACAAUAAAAUAAUAAAAUGAAAAUAAAAACACCUCCAGUGCGAGCGGUUCGCUUCACAAGCACAUUGUUGUCGCCACUAGUUUUUAAUUUAUUUUAUAAAUUUUCUCUACCAGACCUGCCAACAACGUGAGCUUCAGGGCAAUGGUGGGCUUCACUGAAGCACACGCAAGCACAAAGCACAAACAUGAUUGUCAAUGUGUCAGAUGUUGUAUUUUACCCUUAUUUCAAAGAAUUCUCUUUAAAUUCCGAUCCUUUUUGAAUGUGCAUGGCCGCUGUGCUUUUUUAAAAAUGUUUUAUUUGUUUUUGUUUGCUUGGGGGGAAAUGUCUCAGAAUAAUAACAUACUUGUAGAAUCUCAGGUUUACACGGAUACUAUGUUGCAAAGCUUUUAUCACUAUUAGCUCCUGUACACUUGCACAUUCUUAUACUGAACAUUCAUAAUCCCUCGCCUUGUUCCAUUUGUGCCAAAUAUGAGUGGCAUUUUUACUUUCUCACUCUUGCCUCCAUUAUGCCAAAUGUGAUUUAUUUUAUACUUCAAAACUGUACAGUCUAUGAAAAUAGACAUUUAUUGUAUCAAGUAGAAUAUGUCAAGAGCGUUAUGGUCAUUUUCAUGAUGGAUCGCCGAGGGGUUGUUCAGGGGUAUGUGCAAUUAUGGAUCAGCAGAGGCUUUAUUUGAGUUAUAAAUACAUAACAUGACAGUUCCUUA